AUCCAGCUGCAUUAAAGGUGGAACACGUAAACGGCACUGUCCUUCAAGCAAACUGCAAUUUGUGUCAAAAAGACAUUAACAUGGUACUUCAACACUGUAGGGGCUUUUAACAAAGUUGAAUUUCCAAUAUGGUAGGAGAGGUUGUUGUUGUUGAACGGAUUGUUGUCAUGUCCCCGCAGUGCCUGUAGUGGUGCUGUGAGGAGUCUGCUGUGGAUCCAACUAAAAUCCUCAGCAGCCUACCUACUGCUUGUAAUUUGCUCUGGCUAGCCUUUAUUUACAUGCAUCCUUAUUUCAAGAUAUACCGAGCUCUAUGAAGAUCGCCGUUACCAUCCUAUCUCGAAUAUCGAUGCACAAAUAGCCUAGCUGAUUCUAAUAGACAUUUCGGCCGCCUAUCUGGAGCGAAUACCUUACACAGCUCAUACCAAUUCAAGCUGAUGUUGUCAAGGACAAGAGUCACGUGAUGUAUGAAGGCAAACACAUACACUUCUCAGAGGUGGACAAUAAGCCGUUGUGCUCGUACAGCCCAAAGCUGUGCAAGCAGCGCAGACUAAAUGGCUAUGCGUUCUGUAUCCGGCACGUUCUGGAGGAUAAGACGGCCCCCUUCAAGCAGUGUGAGUAUGUGGCCAAGUACAACAGCCAGCGAUGUACCAACCCCAUCCCCAAGUCUGAGGACCGCAGAUACUGUAACAGCCAUCUGCAGGUUCUGGGAUUUAUCCCCAAGAAGGAACGGAAAAAGAAGCAUGACGCUUUGGAGGAAAUGCGCUCACGGGCUCACCUGGAGUCAGUGGCUCUCAAUAUAACUGUGCCCAGUCUAGCUCUGAAAGCUCCCAAUGGUAUAGACGAACUUCCACCAUCUCCCCCAUGUACACGCCUGUUACCCCUCCCCGACGGAGAACUCCUGGACCCUUUUGCCUUUUAUGAGGAUGACACCGAUGGGGAGGAGGUGGGUACUCCUCGGAAGGGCAACGCCAUCAAGAAAAAACUACAGAGUCGGCUGGUGCUCAACCAGAAACUCUGUCAUGACACAGACCUCUUCCAGCCACCUCCUGAGCACUUUACUCCCUCACCUGUCUCGCGAGUCCACCCCUCUUCUCCGCUCAACACUCAUCUACCGCGGCAGCAUCCAGGUCUUCUCCAGCCCCCUCAACACUCCAGCACGACUUCCUUCAUCUUCCCAGGACAGCAGCAGGGUUUAUUAUGCAAUCCACCACCACCUCAGACGGUCAACUUUCUGCCUCCAGGGAUGCCCGCUAACGCAGCACCCAGUCCAGUGCAACAGUCUGGGCCAUCGCUCAGCAGGAAAAUGCCUUUCACUGCUACUAACUUGCCGGUCAGUUGCAAGGACGGUGGCAGUAACAAUCAACGGCAUGUGGUUGUCAUGCGCCCCACUGCCUUCUCACCUUCUGCCAGCUGCCUGGCCAGAUUGCAACAUCUGGUGCAGCUGUGUGCAAAGAGACAACGGGAGCAUGGAGACCUCUUUCCUCAUCUAGGACUUGACUGGUCAGAGGACAGUGCUGAUGAUGACGAUGAUGAAGAAGAGGAGGAGGCAGAGAGAUUGGCUCCUUUUCAGAGCUCUUGGCGGCCACAGAAUGGGUUGGAAGACGACAGCGGUUCCUCUCGGAGGACACGGCUGCUUAGGCUUUGUUCAUACCUCCAGGAAAAAUACAAGCACAUGUGCAGGCAGGAGAGGGCGAGUAUCCGCCAGAAGAGAUACCGCUAUGCCUUCCGCAAAGCCUUGCUGCACGCCGCCAGCAACAACCCCGACUGUGCGGGGCAGUUGAUCCAGGAGUUGAGUGGUGCCUCUCACAGCUCCUCAGGUGUGGCUCCAGCAAGGCCGCAGAGCACAGAUAUGGGGACCUGCACUGGCAGCACAAAGGGUCAGGCCUGCAGCAACAGAGCUCUGCCCUUCACUCGACACUGCUUUCAGCACAUUCUGUUGAAUCGUUCCCAGCAGCUCUUUGCUAGUUGCACGGCCAAAUUUGCAGAUGGUCAGCAGUGCUCCAUCCCCGUGUUUGACAUCACGCACCAGACACCACUCUGUGAAGAGCAUGCCAAAAAGAUGGAUAACUUCCUGCGUGGAGAUGGAAACCGACGAGUGCAGCACCAGCAGCAGCAACAGCGAAAGCCACGAAAAAAGACCAAACCGCCGGCACUCACCAAAAAACACAAGAAGAAGAGGAGGAGAGGGCCACGGAGGCCUCAGAAACCAAUUCCUCCAGCGUUGCCGCAGGGGAACCUGGGGAUGCCUUCUACGAGCCUAGCGAUGCCCUCGCCCAGCAUCAGGAGCCCUUCAACUCCAGACCUGAGUACAGACGAGCUUCCUGACGAUAUCACCAAUGACAUGGCAGACAUUCCAAAUGACCUUGAGCUAAACCAGGAGGAUUUCUCCGACGUGCUACCCAGACUACCCGACGACCUGCAGGACUUUGACUUGUUUGAAGGCAAAAACGGGGAUCUGCUGCCCACCACAGAGGAGGCUGAGGAGUUGGUCCGCGCACUGCAAGCUAUGGGGUCUUACCCAGACUCUCUGGUGUGCCUGACCUCCAUCGCGGACCUGGCCCCUAAUGAAGGCGUGGACCACAGAGCCUUGACUGUGUUUCCCGGUCCCGUGCAGCCGGGAGGCAUGGGAGACCUGCUCAACAGCCGCAUCCCCACGGAGAACUUCACCAGCCUCGAGCUGGAGGACAACCUACUGCAGUCCACCGGGGAUCACUUCCCUCCCUCGCCGCCCUCUCAACCCGCUAACCAGCCCCCACCGCCCAACCUGACCCCGUCCUCUUCUGCAGUAGCCCCCGCCACCACCUCCCUGCUCACUCAAACCUCCAUAGCGGAUAGAACGUUUUCUCGGACACACCCGUCCCACGUCCUGGCCAAGUCCGACGCUCCCACGUCGUCUCCCCAAGGCAGCCACUACAGCAGUGAGCACGUGCCAUCCCCGUACAGCGACCACAUAUCUUCUCCCCACGCCAGCUCCUUCCAGACGGACACCCCUAUGCUGCUGGAAGUCCCUCUCAGCGGGGUACCAGGAACCCCGCGCACCACGUGGAACAACCUCCCCCUGCCCCUCACCGACCCCACGCAGUUCGGCAAUCUCAUAGGAUCAGAAAGUCAUCUCAUAUCCACGUCCCUGUCCACCCCUCCCGCCACCACCCACUCUGUGACGCUGCAGCCUAUGGCUGCUCUCUCAGCAAUGCCUCAGAGCGGCCUGACCGGUUUAACGACUCCUCCUGCGCCUUCGUCCUCCCUGCCAUCUUCCUCCCGCGAUCUGUUGACCUCCGCACAGCCCAAGCAACAGCUCCCUCAGUUCAGCGCGGCCUUCGGCCAUCAAUUGGCCUCCCACAGUGGCAUCCCGAAAGACGUGCAGCCCAGCCACAGCUCCACAGCGCCCCCUGCUGGCUUCUCUAUAGUUAGUGCCACCGCAGCAAGUGCCAACAGCGCCACACCACCUUUCACGCAAAGCAAAUGAGAGCAUGCAGCGGCUGCAUGAUGGUCGGUGGACUCACAGUCACUUUAAAACCCAGCCGACUGGCUUCCGAUUAACCACACCUGUUCAUCUGCUACAUGUGUGCAAUGUGGUAAUAGUGCACUAUUUGAUAAUGAAUUUGCACAACCUCAGAUUUUCCUCAAUAUUUUCUAGUUUCCUUUUUACCUUCUGUAGCCAGACGCCGUCUGAGAUUUGAAGUCAGUGUGAGUCCACCAGUUUGAUGCCUUGUGGUUUUGACAGCAGGGAGUUGCGGGUGAAAACUGGCGGAAGGACCUCAGCAGAGAUUAUCUGUGUCACCGUGCUCGGAAUCCAUUGAAGCCUCAAUAAGUGGUCAGUUUCGUUUUGCUUUGCCAGUUUUAGUCCUGUCUUAAAAUGAUCAACUGUACCCCGCCUUGCUCAGAUGGCCAUCGCAUUUUUUUUUUUUUUUUUAAAUUUUAUGUCCCCACCUGUUUCAUACACUGCUUCUGUCACCCUCUGAAAGACGAGAGUAAGAGAUCGUGACAUUUAUGUGAUCCAUUAUGUUUCAAGCUAUUUAACUGUUAUCAUGAUAUAGAAUCUUACUGAGUCAGAUUUCACAGUCAUAUAAAUUUACCAAAAUACUUUUAAACAGCUGUUUUUAUAGUGUGUAUAUUGUAUAUGUGCUCAUUUAUCGGUUUGCUCAGACGUCAAAAUCUCUGACCUCGCCAUUGGUUGUGGGACUCUGAGCGGCCUAGUAGACACUUGAAGGUAAAUCUAGUUUCUUAAAGCAAUAAACACAUUAACACAUUGACUCUUAGCAUUGUAAGGUCUUUUAUUGGUCUCGUUACAUGUAGCUUCACCUGCUGAAUCCAGGCUGGAUGGAUAGAUUUUGGCCUCUAUGACUUUUUGUAUAACGUUUGGUUAUACAACAGUUUCGCUCACUGAUCAGGUCAGCGUCUUCUCUCUCGAGUGGAUCAUUAAGGCUAAUAAACUAGCUUCAGUGUUAUGACGACGAUGAUGAUAAUGAUGAUGAUGAUGGCAUAAUCCAGGGACUUUUAAGUGUCUACUCUCAAAGGUGCUCUCUGGUCCACAUAUACAAUGGUCUUUGGUGGCUUGCAUGUCUCACGAAAACAAAGUUCCAUUUCAGGACUACCCAGAGAAGGCUGUGGAGCUAAUUUGGUUUUGGAGAUUUUACACAAUGUUAUGAACUGGUGUAUUUUUGCACGUCUGAAGUAAAGCACUGUCAGUUAUUAAAGUGAUUUUAAGCUAAACGAUGCAAACCUGGGGUCUGGUUAUAGUUUUUAGAAAACGAGGACUCGUCCACCCUGUCUGUCAAACGUCUCACACAGCAGUACAACCAUGGCUUUUGAUAGAUCAUAUAUUAGACAUUUGACAGCUUGUCAGACAUUGUUGAGUAUUAGGUAUUUAGAAUAUCAGUCUCUAUCUUGGUUGGUGAAUUAUUGAGUAGCAAUGGACUGAAAUUGUUAUUUGCGAUGUGUUCAGUGGAACCCGUGUCUUGUAGAGUUUUUUUUUUAAUGGCUAUCAAAAUGGGUGGGAGUUCUCUUUGUUGGAGGGAUCAAUGUUCGUUUGUAUGCUUGUCUUUUUUGUCUUCGAUGAUGUCCCGAUGGAAAGGUGUUGUGUUCUUUUUGAUAGCUAUUAAACUCCAGGGGGAAGUCUUGAGAUUGCGUGGGGCGGCGCCUGUUUGCGUUAAAAAUGCAUUGUAAUGAUAGAUGAUGGCUCGAUUCUCGGAUUAUAUGCAUUGUUUCGUGGAGAAAGUACAGAUUCAGUUCCGACAUCGAUUUGCACAGGAGUGAAUGAGGUGUUUCACGUGUUCCUCGUUAUGUCUUGCCUUUUUUUUUUUUCCUCUCUCUUUUUUUUUUUCUUUGGCUUGAAUGCUCAUUACUCAAACAGCUGCCAUCACUACCAGCUUUGAGCCUGCACCAGACCCACCCUCCUCCUCCUCCUCCUCCUCCUCCUCCUCUCCCCAUUUCCAGCUGUGAAAAGGCCCAGUUCUGUCUCUCCCUUCCAAAGAGAAAACACAGUCUGAAGUGUAAAAAUCUGUAGCUACACCAGAGAUGACUGGGCCGUCACAGUGACCCCUAGAAAAAAACGAGAAGAAGGAAAAAGGAAAAAAAAAACUUUUAAAAAAUGGGUGAAAAUGUCAGUUUGGAAUAAGCAAGGCAAUACUGCUGUAUCCACAUAGCAUGAGAUUAGUCGCUGCACCAGUUUACUCUCCCGACAACCACGUAGAACAAAAUUUUACAGGGCUCGUAGGCACAUGUAACUGCUUGAAUUCAGAGAUGGCUGACAAAUUCCUAUACUCAUUGAAUGUACUGUAUUACUGUUUUUAAAGAUAGGAUGAGCUAAUCUAGUCACCUUUUGUUAUCGGUCCUUGUUUAAUUUGUCUAAGGUAUUUUUUGUAUACAAAAGUUUACAUUUUUAUGUAUAUUUUUCUUGUGUACAAAUUAUGUAAUAUGUGUACAAACACUGUAUGUAAUAUCUGUAUAUAGUGUGAGAAAUUUGAUCUUUUGUUUUUGGAUGUAUAAAUAAAAACUUGCUGUGAGGUA